AUGAAUAAUUUAAUUAAAAGAUCUUUUAUUUUAAAUUAUCCAAAUAAUAUAAAUCCUUUAUUAAUAAGGUCAUUUACAAAAAAAAAUAAUGCACAAAGAAAAUUUCCAACUACAAUGUUGAAAUUAAAAAAAAAAAUAUCUUUAGAUUUAAAACAAAAAGAAGAAGAAAUUGAAAAAAAGAUUGAAAAUUUAUUAAUUAAAGAAGAAGAAAUUGAAAUAAAAAAACAAGAAAAAAAAGAUAAUUUAUUAUUAAAAAAACAACAACAACAAGAAAAUGAAAAUAAUAAUAAUAAUAUAAAUAAUAAUAAUAGUUAUAAUAAUAUUUUAAUUGGAUUUGGUAAAAAUAAUUUAAGAGGAGAUUCAUUUUUAGAAAAAGAAAAAGAAAUUUCAAAUAAACAAAAAGAGAUUUCAGAUAAACAAAAAGAAAAAGAGAAAUUAGAAAAAAGAAAAGAAAAUAUUAAAUUAAUGAAAAGUGAAUACUUGGAAAAGAUAAAAACUGAUAUGGAGAAACGAAAACGUUUGAAUCUUUAUAAUCGUUUAAAAUCACAUCAAGAAAAUAUAACUAAAAAUAGAUUAUUAAAUAAACAAAAGUCAGAGACUUUAUCAAUGGUUGGUAGAAAUAAAUCUGAACCAUUUGAAAGAUCACUUGAAAAUAGUGAAGAAUUAGUGAUUAAAAAAUUUAGAGAUCAAAAAGAUCCAUUAUCAUUCCAAGAUAGAAUUGAUUUACAUUUACAUUCAUUCCAAAUUCACUUAAAAAAUAAUUUAUUUAAAUCAAAUUAUCCAAUGAUUUAUAAUAAUUUAAAUGGAUUAGUUUUAAGUGAGUCGAAUAUGGAAUUAAUUGAAAAAUCAGUUGAGGGAGAAGACUAUUAUAAAAUCAUUGAGAUGGCAAGACCGCUUUACCAAAAUCAUCAUUUUAAAGAAGGGAAUUUAGUUUAUAAAUAUACUUUUCAAUAUAUGAAAAGGAAAUCAAAACUUUGGAAAUUCUUUCAACAACUAGAGAAUAAGGCAUUUAAUAGAAAACUUGAUCCUUUGGAUUUUAGCGAAAUGAUUAAAGUUUUCUUAGAAUUGGAUCAAAUUAAUUCAGCUGAAAUGAUCUCUUCAAAUAUGCAAUCAUUCUUUCAAAAUUUUCAUCCAGAUGUUUUCAUUCACUUUUUCGAAUAUUAUAAUCGUCAACCAGGUGCAACCGUAUCUUCUGUCACUUCAGAAUUCCUUACAACCUUUAAAUCUAAUUCAUUUGAUGAAAAAGAAGUAAAAUCAUAUGAAUUUGAUAAAAUUAAAAAGAAAAGAGAAUUAUUUUACAAAGAAAAUGAAAAAGAUAAUGAAAAAGAAACAAAUAAUCAAAAAGAUGAUGAUGAAGAAAAAAAUGAAAAACAAUUAUAUGGUAAAUUAGCAAAAGAUGAUCAAUUAAAAGAUACACCAGUUAGAAAUAUUGAAAUGUUUAAAUCGAUUUUAAUUCAUUGCUAUAAGAAUGGUUAUGUUGAAUUUGCUGAAAAUUUAGAAGCAUUUAUGGAGGAAGAAGGUGUUUUAUUAGAUUUAGAAAUGUUUAAUUCAAAAUUAAAAUUACAAGCUUAUCAAGGUAGAAUGGUUGAUGAAAUAUUUUUAAAUUCUGGUGAUUUCAUAAUUCCACCAACAUUAGAUUCAACAAAGACGACAACAGGAAAAACAAAAAAGAAUCAAAAGAAAUUAAAAACUGAAUUUAUGGGUAAUAGUCAAACAUUUUUAGCAAUUAAUUAUCACCAAUUAAUAGUUAAAAAAGAUAUUGAUUAUUCAUUUUCAGUAUUAAAUCGUUUGAAAAAUCAAUGGUCAUUUAAAUUAAAUACUUUUAUAUUAAAUCAAUUAAUAUUUGGUCUUUCAAGAUUAAAUGAAAUUGAUAAAGCAAUUAAAUAUUAUAAAAUGAUUCCAACUUCCACAAAUGGUAUUCAAAGUAAAAUUAUGAAUCAAUCAGUAUUACUUUAUACAAUGGCUUAUUUUAAUUAUCCUUCAAGUGCUUUAAUAUCUUUUAUUAAAGAUAAUAAUAAUAUAAUUGGUUCAGGUUCAGGUGAUGAUUUAUUUGAUAAAGUAACUUUAGAUUUAAUAUUAUAUGGUUAUUUAUUAGAUAAUAAAUUCAAACAAGAUCAACAUAUGAAAUUUAUUCAACAACAACAACAACAACAACAACAACAAAAUAAUGAUAAUAAUAAUAAUAAUAUUAAAAUUAAUUAUACAAAUAUGUUAGAUAAUUUACUUCAGGUUUUAAAUUAUUUAAAAAAUGAAAGUUUAAUUACAAAGUUAGAUAAAGAUUCCAUCGAUUUCAUUUUCUCAAGAUUACUUUUAUUAAAAAAUAAUUAUAAUAUUAAACCAUCACCAACUGAAUUCAAAUUAUUAAAACAAUUAAUAAAAUAA